AUGUGGAAUUGUUUAUAUUUGCCAGUUUGUCGCAUUCACACCACGGGCCAGCUCCUGAAGAAAGCUCCUGUGAGGUUUAAGGGGAAGAGUGGUGCAGAGCAGCGCUGGCUGGAGCGACAGGUGAAUGACCCCUUCGUUAAAGCAGCUCACCUUCAGCACUUCCGCUGCAGGAGUGCCUUCAAACUGCUGGAAAUUGAUGAGAAACACCGCCUGCUGAAGCCUGGACUCAGUGUCAUAGACUGUGGUGCUGCUCCUGGAGCCUGGAGCCAGGUAGCAGUGCAGAGAGUCAAUUCAGCUGGAGAAAGGCCUGAUUUAGCCAGAGGGUAUGUAUUUGGAGUAGAUCUGCUACACAUUGCCCCUUUACAAGGUGCCCACUUCCUGUCCAACUGUGACAUCACCAGUCCAGCUACUCAUGCUGAGCUGCAGAAGCUCCUUCCUGAAGCCUAUGCUGAUAUCAUCCUCAGCGACAUGGCACCCAACGCCACCGGGGUUCGGGAACUCGACCAUGAGAGACUCGUGAGCAUGUGCCUUUCACUGCUGGAUCUGGCAGAGAGGCUGCUGCGUCCCGGAGGCUCACUGCUGUGUAAGUACUGGGAUGGAGCGCUCACACACAAACUCCGAGACGGUCUUAACCGGGCUUUUCAGGACGUGAAGACCGUGAAGCCCAAAGCAAGCAGGAAAGAGUCGGCUGAGUUGUAUUUCCUAGCCAGGACUUUCAGGAAAACUUAACAUCGCUCCUCAAGGACCUGAAUUAUUGAUGAGAUUUUUUUUUCGAAGGUUAUUUUUGAGACAUUGUGCAGCAGGGUUUUGUUUUUAAUUUUUUUUUAAACAAUGGUCUGUUUCAAACUUAUGAAAAUUAUUGCGUAACCACAGAAUUGCUUCAUUACUUGGUUCUGCAAUAUCUGCAGAACUGUUUAUUACAUCUGUUUAUGUUUGGCAGAGAAAUAAUGAACAGAAAAUAAUCAUUGAAAACACAGAAAUGGUUGCUAGUUGGUUGAUUCAUGUGAUUUCUUGUGUACUGUAUUCCUCUGCAUGGUGUGCUUUGUAGUUUAAGGUGGUUUUUACACUGGGCAUAAAUCAGAGUGUUGUUUGUUCCUGAAACCCUCCACAGUGUGUGUACUGUAUGGUUUCAGACUCACCUGAUUCUAUCGAACCACAGUUACAAAUGCACAUGGAGAAUACAAACAUAUUGACUUCCUCUGCAACUCAUGUUACACGUGUAAUUGUGGAAACUAAUGAUGUCGUCAUCAGCUAAAACACACACACACACACACACACAGGUUACUUUACUUAAUGAGCAAAUUUGGACCCGAGUACAAGCUGUGUUCAUGUUCACAGGAAUUGCAGCACAGUUCCAGUGCACCCGAAAUCACAUUUCCUACAUGUAGACUGGGGUUCGGUACCACGGCACGCUUUCAGGACAAACUGCUAGCCUUCACAUUACCAAUUUUUGCUGUGCUCUAUUUCAGACUAAACUGAAAGCCUCCUAAGACUUUUAAAGGAUUAUUAAACGUUACUGGAAAUAUAUUAUCUGUCUUCGGCCCCCAAAAGAUUAAUAUCUAAUUCCUGCUUUAUCCCGCAUGAGAAUUAAACUGAUACAUCGGCCAAGAUUCUAUUAUUCUUCUGCCAACAAAAGAUGCUGGUUGUUCCUUUCGAGAGCCACAUUUUUUCCCUCUCUGUCAUAUACCCAGAAAUCAGGUUGGACUUGUGGAUACAGUUGAAAGCUUCCGUACUUCGAGCCUCUUCGACCUCUUUGCAGAUCCAUUUCACAAAAUCCACACUGCAGAGGUUUGUGCCGUCAGCCAUAGCUCUUAGAAGUCCUGCGCACUGUUGCAGCAAAUCUUAAUUUUACUACACUUUAGCUGAUGUAGCAGUUUGAUUCAGACAGUUACCAUCAAACACUGGAGGCUGACCGAGAGGUUCAGUAGCUUAUCUCUCAUCUCGACAUAAUGCACUGAACUGUAUACGCCUCUGUAGAUUCCUUCUGAAGUGUUUUUCGAAUGUAUACAGACUUUAUGAAUUAUUUAGCCUUAAAUUAUUUUUAUAGAUUAAAAAGCUGGGUCUAGCAGCAGGAUCCUGUGCUCUCACCGCCAUGGCCUGGCAUCGAUUCCCGGGCAGGGAACCAACCCAGCUAGGGGUUAAUUCUGGUCCCAAGCCCAGAUAAAAUGGGAGGGUUGCGUCAGGAAGAGCAUCCGGCAUAAAACCUGUGCCAAAUCAAAUAUAUGAGGAUCGGAUGAUCCGCUGUGGCGACCCCGAGCAUGGAGCAGACGAAGGACGACAACAACAACAAUGUAAGGUUGUGCUGAAGCAUGAAUGGCCUUUCUUUUUUUCUUUUCCAAAGAUGAGCUGGAAUUAAAAUCAAAGCAGUGACAGAUGUUUGCAGCUGCGAUGCUGCAUUUGUGUGACUACCUUGGAAUAAAGGAACCGAAAAAUAGAGCUUAAGAUUAGAGAUUCUGAUAGAAAAUAAAAAAAUCUGAUCGAUGUUAAUGAAGCUUCUGGUAUGAGUCAUUCUUGCUUGUAGUCAUUUUUGCUCAACUCUUGCUUGUAGAAACUCAUCCUGCCAGUGGAUGGAGCUCUUGAGUUGUCUGAACACACUUAUCAGGCCUGUGUUUUGAAUGGUGUACGGUCCAUUUUGAUGAUCUGCGAAAUACAUAAAUACAACACCGUGUAUGCAUUGGUUCAGAAUGCGUCCUAGUGGUUUCCGAACAAUAAGCUAAAUCACUUCAUCAGCUCCAGACAGAAUUGAAAUUGCAGUCGCUGUUGUCUGCUGUUGCCACUGAGGCAUUAUAGCUUGUCAUGGUGCGCAUUUUUCCUUUCUUUUUUUUCCCCAACCACACUUGAUCAUGCCACUUUUUAAAUAAGCCUAAAGUGUAAAUCAGCAGGUCCUUGAAAGGAAAAAUAAUCCAUAAUCCCUCAAGUGUCAUGAUAGACGAGGUAGAAAGCUAUUGGUAUGUUGUAGCCUGACAUGACAUCACAUAAAUCUGCUCCACUGUGUCCUGAAUGGACGUAGAAGAUUAGACACUGGAUGAUCAUUCAGAUCUGGUUAUAUUCUCUAACUCCUGAGAGGGCCUGUGGGACGCCAUGGAUCACAAAUCCAGGAAAUGACACGCCUUUCGUCUUCCUGUUAACAAAACAAAGUAGAUGAUGAGCACAUCAGCAGAUUCGGAAUCUCUCUAGGAAUUUCUACAAAUUUUAAUCUAUUGACUGAUUUCUUUCCAUCAGAGAAUUUGGGAACUGUAACUACAUGACUAAAUGCUAAACAGCAAAUCAUGCUAUAUCUGAUCUUCACUCGAUAUUCAGUUAGUUUCCCCGUAAUAGAAGCGCUAAAUUGUUUACAGGUUGAGGGGAAAAAAAAUCUGUUUAGCCAGUCAUGCAAUCAUUCUCUCAUUAUGAUCUUAUGAGCAGGAAAAGUGGUCGGAUAAGUGAGCCGUAGACAGCAUGACUAAUGAGCCUGCUUUGUCCUGAAAACUGCAUUUGCAGAAACAAAAGGACACCACGUCUGCUUCAACCUAAGGUUAAUUUUAGGUUUAUUUUAACUGGAAUUCCAGGGAGACCCAAUACAUUAAAAUAGAUUAAGAUAAAUUCAGUAAGUUGAUGCAGUAAUUAUUUUUCCUAGGUUAGAGAUUCCCUCUGGAUAUCGCCCUACACUUAAGAAAUAUCAUGCGAGUUAUAGAAUGGAAUGGGAUUUGAAUGUAUUAGAAGGCAAAAUUGCUUGGAGUCAAACUCACACUGAUGGAAUCUUAAGCAAGUGGAAUCAAACAUACCGAUAUAUAUAU